UAAAGAUAAAAAAAAUAACGAAUCUCUCUUUCUCUCUCUCCCAUUUUCUCUCGUUAUAUUCUAUUAAGCUUCUCUUCGUUUUAUUUCGGGCAUCAAUUCCUGUCAAUGUGAUCUGCGACUGAGACAGAGGCACACAACGACAAGGCCCAACGAUCACUAAGCUACAACAUUAAGCUUUCACUUUCACACGUCGGAGCCAAUCCGAGUGCACACAUAACAUAAUCCGUUCAAUUUUUUUCACUCCUUCGCUUCCGCCACCGGAUGCCUCGCCGCUGAGCCUGACCGCUGAGUCUCCGAGAGAUCUUCGCCUCGGCUGCACGCAUUCCUUGCGGCGGUGAUGAGAGGGAGCUGCUGCGGUUGGAACCGUCGGACAGAGCAGCGGUUCCGUCUACUCGCGAUCUCAACUGUUAAAUCAGUCAAGAUCAAGCUUCUCCUCUGUUGCUGCGUCGCCCUCACGCUUCUUGCCUUCUCUACGAGCGCUUCUUCCUUCGUAGUAUGGAACAACCAAACGCCUCUUCCCCCUCGCUCCCCCGAUUCCAGGAGAGGGUAUUCUAUCGUAAUGAACACGUGGAAGAGAUAUGAUCUGCUAAAGCAGUCCAUCAAGCAUUAUUCAUCAUGUCCUCGUCUUGAAUCAGUACAUAUUGUGUGGAGUGAACCCAAUCCUCCUUCGGAUAUUCUUUUAAAAUUUCUGCACCACGUUGUAAAGUCAAAGCCUAAAGAUGGACGGCAAGUGAAAUUGAGGUUUGACAUCAACAAGGAAGACAGCUUGAACAAUAGAUUUAAAGAAAUAAAGGAUUUGGAGACAGAUGCUGUCUUUUCUAUUGAUGACGAUGUCAUAUUUCCUUGCUCUUCAGUGGAGUUUGCAUUUGACGUUUGGCAAAGUGCGCCUGAUACGAUGGUUGGAUUUGUACCUCGUGUCCAUUGGAUGGAUUCAUUGACAGAUGAUGACAACAAAUUUAGCUAUGGUGGAUGGUGGUCUGUGUGGUGGACGGGUACAUAUAGCAUGGUGCUCUCCAAGGCAGCAUUCUUUCACAAAAAGUAUUUCAACAUUUAUACAAACGAGAUGCCCUCAUCAAUUAGAGAAUAUGUAACCAAGAACAGGAAUUGUGAAGAUAUUGCAAUGUCUUUUCUUGUUGCAAAUGCUACUGGUGCACCUCCCAUCUGGGUUAAAGGUAAAAUAUUUGAGAUUGGAUCGACUGGAAUCAGUAGUUUGGGAGGUCACAGUGAAAGAAGAACAGAGUGCGUCAACAGAUUUGUUGCCGUGUAUGGGCGGAUGCCCUUGAUAUCUACUUCAGUUAAGGCCGUCGAUAGCCGCAAUAUCUGGUUUUGGUGACGCUGGAAUUUUGAUUUCUUUACGGUUUUUAGAAGUUCCACUUUCGUCUAUUAGUUGCUAGUUGAGUUACUCCAUUCUCGUUAGUCACACAGAUCUUGUAUUAUAUUGGAUCGUAUACACGUGUUUUGCCACUAAUUGAUCAAAUUCCUUAGGUUAAUUUCUUGUAUUAUUGUUAAGUAAUACAAGGCAGCAUCCUGUGGUGAUUUUUUCUCAUAAUAUUAAGAGUUUGAUUCUACAACA